AUGAUGUUUCCCAAGGGCCACCGCAUCUACCCCGGCCACCCAGCCCUGGGUAGGUGCGCCCGGUUCCUCCACCUCGACACGGGUGCCCUGGUCCGCGCCCGGGUCCCGUUCCUUGGCGACAGCUACUGGGUCGUCGACUUGGUCAACGUCCUCCUGCUGCUAGUGCGGGACCUAGACCCGGACUACGGCGGCGCCGUCCGCCUCCUCCACCCUUUCACCGGCGACUUCACCGAGCUUCCACCCCUAGGGACGCUCCUCCCGCACCUGGGCCCGUAG